AUGAAGGCCAGGAGGCAGUCACGGCAAUCAUGGCAGGAGCUUCCAGUCAGCAGCACAAAUGGAAGCAGCGCCUUUGAUCACCUGCAGCAACAUUCACUCAAUUCACCCAAUUCACUCAAUUCACCUCGACCUCGACCUCCAGCUGACAGUGCAGGUGAACCCAAACUCCCACCGCCACUCCCGUCGUGGCCGCAGCGAGUGCGCGACAUCACUAAGAUCCGCCGCCGCCAUCACAAUGCGAAAGACGAGCUCGAGGAGGGAGCCAACCUCGACAGCCCCGAUCGUGACAUAACGCCAGACGGGCAUGCGACCGUGAACAUGGCCGCGCGACGAUCACGCCGCCCACGCUUCCUCCAGCCAGCCAGCCGCAUCCGUCGCGGCAUUUUGUUCGUUGCGAUCAUCACCGCCAUUACCCUCAUUGUGCUCUUCUCGUGGCUGUAUCGCGACCAGCUUGGUCCAUUUGAUGGCCUCUUCAAGAAAACAACCAGCGUCAAACUCACCCAGGGCACAUACCUGGGUGAGGUCACCCAGAAGAGCGACAAGUACCUGCGUGCCAUUCAAAUGUUCCGAGGCAUCCCCUACGCCCAGACAACUGCCGGCGCGAACCGAUUCAGACCUCCACAGCCUCUAAAUUUGACCGCCGCCCAAGCACAGUCGGACAAAGCCCAGCAUGCUCUGGCUUUUGGCAACAUCUGCCCCCAGCCUGGAGGCGGCGGGAGCGGUCAGGGCGAGGACUGUUUGAACCUGAACAUCUACCGCCCGCACUUUGGCGAUGAUCCCGAGUCCAGCCUUGCCGAGAUGGCGAAAUUGGGGCUGGACGGCAAGAAAAUCCCCGUGGUUGUCUAUGUCCAUGGCGGAGGCUUCAACACGGGGAGUGGCAAGGAGCGCAACAUGGGCAGCUUCGUCUCGUGGUCAGAGACACCCAUUAUUGCCAUCAGCUUCAACUACCGCGUGGGUGCCUUCGGCUUCUUGCCAAGCGCCAUGACUGAGAAGGAGGGCCUUCUCAACUUGGGAUUGAAGGAUCAACAGUGCUUGUUCGAGUGGGUGCGCAAUAACGUGGCUGACUUGGGGGGAGAUCCGGACAAUGUGACCAUCAUGGGAUUGAGUGCUGGUUCCCAUUCGAUUGGACACCAGUUGAUAUCGUACGCUCCCGCGAACAAGCUCACAUCUGGACCUCCUCCAUUCCAGAAGGCAAUCAUGGAGUCUGGUGCUGCGACUGCGCGCUCUGUCUUCGCGCCCAGCGUCCCUCUCUACGAGCAACAGUUUCAAGAAUUCUUGAUGCAUUGUGGACUGGAUUCCGUUCCAGAUGACAAGCUCUUCGAGCAACUACGGGCUCUGCCUCUUGGCACCAUCUCCAGCGCAUCAGGCUAUACGUGGAAUCGCUGGUCGUCCUCAUUGCGUUGGCCGUUCCAGCCCGUCAUUGACGGUCCAGGCGGUAUAAUACCAGAUCUUCCCAUUAAGUCGUGGGCGAAAGGCAAUGUGCUGCGUAUACCUAUCCUGACAGGCUUCAACACCAAUGAAGGUUCUGUCUUCGUACCGACAAAAGCUAGCGACUCCUCGGCGUUACGGCGCCUCAUGUCGUCGAUCAUUCCAGCUCUUAAUCAGACGGACCUUGAUACGCUCAACAAGAUGUACCCAGAUCCCACCACUUCCGAAGGAAAGAAGCUGUACAGCUACCAACCACCUAGUGGCAUCGGCUCCCAGUUCUGGCGGCUCGAUGAUGCGUACGCACACUAUGCAUACAUCUGCCCAGUGCUUCAGACUGCUCACCUGGCUUCAACCGCGAAAAACGCAUCCCCAGUCUAUACGUACCACUAUGCUGCUCGAUCCAAACCCUACGGUGGCGCCGACCAUGGUGAUGAGGCCCCCAUUGUGGCACAUGACAUGGACGUUAUUGGGAAAUAUCCUGGUCUGGUCAGGACAGCCGAAGCGAUGACCGGCGCCUGGACCCGUUUCGCAGCCACCGGCGACCCAAGUCCCGCGCGUAGCAGUGACGACAAGACUAAGCUCUCGUGGCCCAAGUUCGUCAGUCCGUUCACCACCAGUGCCUCCGGCGAUGCGGGCAAGGUGGCACUUUUUGGCAGUGGUAACGACGAGCGCAUGGGCGCACGUGGGCGACAGAGCCAGGGCGUCCCAGCUCAACUCGUGGCGCUGACAGAACGCGAGAAGGAGGAGUGCCGCUUCUGGUGGGAUCGGGUUGUCCUGAGCGAAGGCUACGCCAAUGGCACGGCAACGGUCACUCUAUCCGACGGCAAGGUGGUCAAGGCGAAUUUAUGA